AGAGAUCCUCCUCAUCAUCAUCAUCAUUUCGCGUCUCUCUGAUCACAGAAACCCUAAUUUUUCCAGAUUCUGUAUGUAAAUGCAUCUAAAGAAUUCAACUGUAGCAGAACGGCGGUUCAUCGGAAAAGAAGCCGCCAGUUAUCCACCUUGCUCCGAUUUGGAUCCGAAACCAAAGAUUAAGCAUCAUCGCCCCCUUCAAGUACCCGAAACUCUGACCCCAGAGAAACCCACGUACCGAACCACCAUUGGAGCAAACCCUUAUAAUCAAUCGCAAGCCCAGAGCCAUCUCGCCGUUGGAAUCCCAGAUUCACCGUCUCCGCAAAAGAGGCCUGCAGCGGCGGCUCAAUCCUCUCAUCCGUUUAACGAUUUCCGCCGCGGAGGAGGAAGCAACCGCGGAAGCUUGGGUCUUCUGUCGUUUCUCUCGUCGUCUCUUCCGUCGAAUCAGAAGCUGCUCCGUCAAGUCAUCCGAGUUCGUUUGAUAUGUUUCCACCUCCGUUUCCUGCUUCUCCUCUCCGUUCCUCCUCUCUACAUCUUCUUCCUCUUAAUCAGUGUCCGGGUCCUCCUCCUCUUCCUCUUCUCGAUCAUCGCUUUCUCGUUCAUCCUCUCGAUCUCUCUCAAGUUCGCUCUCCCUCACCUACCGUCGAUUCGUCUCUUCAUCGCUCGCUUGCUCUCCCUGAGCCCCACAAGAUCCUCCUCCUCCUCUCAAGAGAGGACCAAACAGGUUGUUUGGUCUAUCGGGUCGAAGCCAGUUACAGAGAAGAAGACUAACUCUGGCUCUUGGGUUCAGAAGUACAGCUCUGGGGAUGUGUACGAGGGAGAGUUUCUUAGGGGGAAGUGUUCAGGGAGUGGAGUUUAUUACUAUUCGAUGAAGGGUAAGUACGAAGGGGAUUGGGUUGAUGGGAAGUAUGAUGGCUUUGGAGUUGAGACGUGGUCUAAAGGAAGUAGGUACAGAGGUCAAUACAGGCAAGGGAUGAGACAUGGAACUGGAAUCUAUAGGUUUUAUACUGGGGAUGUGUAUGCUGGUGAGUGGUCUAAUGGACAGAGCCAUGGAUGUGGUGUGUAUACCUCUGAGGAUGGUAGUAGGUUUGUUGGAGAGUUCAAAUGGGGUGUUAAACAUGGUCUUGGUCACUACCAUUUCAGAAAUGGCGAUACAUAUGCUGGAGAGUACUUUGCAGACAGGAUGCAUGGUUUUGGAGUGUAUCUAUUUGGAAACGGACAUCGGUAUGAAGGAGCCUGGCAUGAAGGGAGAAGGCAAGGGCUUGGUAUGUACACAUUCAGGAACGGUGAGACACAGGCUGGACAUUGGGAAAACGGUGUACUCAGCUGUCCUACCGAGCAGACCACCCGUCCCGAUUCAUCCUUUUCAAUCAGUCACUCCAAGGUUCUAGACACUGUCCAGCAAGCAAGGAAAGCAGCUGAGAAAGCACGUGAAGUUGUGAAAGUGGAAGAGAGAGUGAACAGAGCAGUGAUGGUCGCAAACCGAGCAGCUAAUGCUGCUAGAGUUGCUGCUACAAAGGCUGUUCAAACCCAAACAUAUUACAGUAGUGGCGGCGGCGAUGAUCCCUUGUGAGUAGUUACUGUGGCAAAAGCUUUUGACAUAGUCAGCAACCAUGAAUAUCACCUCGAACCUCUUGGAUGACACGUGGUAGAAAGAGAGAGAGAAAGACGUCUAGAGAAGACACUCAAAAAUUUGCAUCUACGUUGAGAUUUUUGUGAAGGUAAACGAACCACUUGGAACCAUUGUCGAGAUCUCAUAAGUAAAUAAAUAAUAGAUCUGGGCUACGGAGCAAGGCUAUACAGGUUUCCUCCCACUUCUUUUAGACUUGUUUUUAUAAACAAGGCUGGUUUUAUAAACUGUACAUAGAGGUUGUUGAAGAGUAAGCAAUGUGUGUUAACAAUAGAUCGUUGUAACCCAAUGUAAGAGAAGCAACAAAACAUUGUCUUCUUGUUACAAAAACGUGUGAAAAUAACAUCUCUUCCCACUAA